ACAUUGUUUCUUUGCAGUGAGAAAUUCCCAACGACACGGACGGCAGAUCCCUACAAACAUAGCAACUCAUCAGUGACGGAAGUGGUCGGUAUCGUGCGUUGUAUUGGAGACAUCCACGAACGACUCAGCGAAACCAUAGUCGACUUUAACUACUGCUUUGCUCUACAAAUACUUUUGAUGAUGGCAUCUGCCUUUGGCUACACGCUGUUUUCCAUUUUUGGUCUUAUUCACGCAUUCUCACAAGUAGAAGAAGAUGAAUCGCAUCAAGUAUCGAUGAACAAUAUGGUGUACGGUUGUAUCUAUCUAUCCUUCAUUAUUCAGGUUGUUGUUGCGGGAAGUUUAGUGACAAAAGAGGUAAGCAAAGCCGGGUAAGCUCUCAGUACGUGUUGAAUGGAUAAUAUGCGCUUGUGUUUAUUGUUACAGUGCAAAAGAACUGUAAUAUUUGUUCACAAAGCAGUAUGCUAUGGUUACUACGAUAUGCCCAUACUUCUACAGAUUAAAUUCCUUUCCCAGCAGCUACGGAGUGUUGCGCCACGUGUUUCAUGCUUGUUGUUUGAUUUUGAGUGGCCAUUUCUAGUUUCGGUAAGAAAUUUUAAAUUUCCACGAAUGACAAACACAUUUCACUAUGUAUAAACUCUUCAAUUGCAGGUAGCUGCUACA